UGCGUGCAGGUAAUACAAAUCUAUUCGAAGUGAAUUUACUUGAAAAAAGCAGCUAAUUCAAAAUCAUUUGUGGGAUAAAGAGAACUAUAAAUGAAUUUUGAUUUAUUUCAUACAUGAUCAAUUAAUAAAGAAGAAAGAAAUAUUUGUAUGUGCCACAUUUAUAUAAGUAUUUACAGCAAGGAAACAAUUAAAACUAUAAUAAUAACAAGGCCUAUUAUUUUUUAUUCCAAGUUUAAUUGGGGCUGCUCAUCAUCAUCCAGCUUGAAAAUGAAGUCAAUACAUUCAUCGAUCAGAAACCAGACUAUUUCUGGUGACUCAUUACAAUUAGGCUCUGUUUACCUGCUGUAUUAUAUGCCUCGUUCUUAUGACUAAUAUGCACGCAAUAUGAAAUACAGCGAGAGACGACCUACACCCACUCAUGCUUUUUUCUAAAGAAGACGAAUACGAUAAUUAAGGCUUGCUGCAAUUUGCCUUUUCUCAACAAAAUAAUAAAUGUGACCUUUAAAGAUUGAACAUAGGGUUGACCGGGGCUGUAAUGACUCAGGUUUAUAACUUUCUCACGCCUGAGUCACAAUCUAAAUCCUGCAUUAGUCAGUAUCUGUACCUUCAGGUUUGUGGCACUGAAGAUGUGUCAUCGAGCCGUUCUCAUUUUUACUUUACCAGGCCAUGCGAAUGGUGGUGUUCAUUUUCCUUUCGGUGGAUUUUGGAGGAAAACAAUUUUGUAACGCUGUAUUUUUUUGCGAAUUCAUGAAACCCAAUAUCUACCAGUCUACCACCAAAUCUGCGCUUGAUAGUUGAACUGUGUUUUUAUUACAUUCAUUACCAUAAGGCAAUAUGCACGCUACGCUGUGUGUCGCCUCGAUCCACUGACCGUCACUAAGUGGCGCCAAUACUGCGAAUGCAUCCAUUUUUAUUGGCAGACUUGGUCUUGCAUCAUCGGAGUGAAAAAAACAGGGGGAUACGUUGUAACCUCCAGAUGGGGAGGAAUUAUCGUCAUAGGACACUCAUCUCGUAAUAUUUUGUCUUCGAACGUACCAUUUUGUAUUUUCAUAACUUUUUCGAGACCAUGUGUAUGGUCUGCACCCUGCACAAUAAACGGGGAAAGUAAACACAAGAUAUCAACGUCGUCAUAAUAACACACGCCAGAAAUUUCCAGCGCGAUCGAGCGAUCUAAGUGCGCAUGCGCAAGGCAGAUAAAAUCAACUUUUCGCAAUGGCGGGCAUCCGUGAUGAAACGAGGAAGCUCUUCCCCGUCGACAAUGUUAGGGCUAUCUUAAAGAUAUUUCGCUCAGAAUUGGAAGGAGAUCAUGAACCCAAUUUGACGGUUCUUUCGGUUGUUGUAGGAAUGGUGGAGAACAUUUUAACGAGCAAUCGUGCUUCGUCCCAGGGUCAAGCUGCUGAUGAGAACCGCAUGUGCAUUGAACCCAUCUUUCCAGUCAUUGAGCUACCGAACGUGGAGGCGUUGUGCGCCAAAUUCGAGGCUCAAGUGAAAGGGUCUGUCGACUUGAGCGACUACAAGUCAGAAUUUGCAACCAGAGAAAUGGUUAAAAAGGUGUCUGAUAUUAUCUGGAGUUCACUCUCACGAGCAUACUACAAAGACAAGGCUCACUUGCAAUCUCUUUUCAGUUAUCUGACUGGAAACCAACUGGACUGUUUUGGUGUUGCGUUAGCUGUGGUUGCAGCCUGUCAGAUCCUGAACUUCAAGGAUGUACACCUAGCCCUGUCUGAAGACCAUGCCUGGGUAGUGUUUGGAGAGAAUGGAGAAGGCACUGCUGAGGUCACCUGGCAUGGAAAAGGGAAUGAGGAUAAGAGAGGGCAGCCUGUCAGUAUGGGAAUCACAGAGAAGAGUUGGUUGUAUCUGAAUGGUUUCCCUGUAGUGUGCACAAGACACAUGGAGAUAGCAGCCUUGGUAUCAGCUAUCAACCCUACUAUCAGUUCAUCGUUAGACAGCAUAGAACUUGCUUCUUUACAACAGGAGCUACUAUGGUCACUCUAUGACAUGGGCCAUCUGAAAAAGUAUCCUCUUGCUCUGAGCAACCUUGGUGACCUUGAAAGCAUUGACCCCACACCAGAUCGACCUACAACCCUUGAACUGUUUGAGGAGGCUAUUCAGGCGGGCAAGGAGUUCUAUUCUGACCACCAUGUCUAUCCCUACACUUAUCUGGGUGGUCAUCUCUACCGGCAGAAGCAGUACAAGAGGGCAAUGCAGUACUGGGCAGAGGGAGCUAAAGUGCUCAGUCAAUACAACUACCAACGGGAAGAUGAGGAAGUUUACAAGGAAUUCCUGGAAGUGGCCAAUGAAUUAAUCCCUACCAUCCUGAAGCAAGCCACUGUGUACCAUUCCAGAGAUGCCAGGCACAUCCCUAAAGACCCUGAGUGCUACGGAUUCUACCUGCGUCUCUACGACAACAUCUGUAAGUGGGAGGAAGGCAGUUCCACCCCCGUCUUGCAUAUCACAUGGGCGAAGCACUUUGUAGCCUCGGUCACCAAGUUUGACAGCAGCAUACGGGACCGGUUGGAUGUUAGAUUGAUCGAUGCUGAGGGGAAGGAAGAAGUGGAAGAGAAAGAUAAAGAUAAUGAAGAAGAAAUGAAAGAGGAGGAAGAUGAGGAAGAGGAAAGUGAAUCCAAGAAAGCAGUCAAUGACAAGGAAGAGGAUAUCAACAAGAAUGUGGUCUCUGCCCCUGAUGAAGCUGACGGUUGCGGGAAAAAAGGCAAGGCCGAGAAUGAGGGUGAACGCAGUGAGGAUAACAUUAAUCCAGAACUCUUCUCGGAUCCUUUCGCAGGGACAGGUUUACUUUGGGACACCAAGACCGAGUUCAGUGAUUUCCUUAGCACUCGUUCCAACGGUAGCGCUUUCCCAGGCAUGACACUGGAGUCUCUCAUGAAAGCAGAGAGUCCUGCCGAAAUGGCAUUCCAAAGGCGUCUCAAGUCACAGCUGUCACAAGAUGAUAAUGACAAUGCGCAAGGACAGAGUGAUAGUAAACAGAAUGAGGAGGGCGACGAUGAGGAUGAUGAAACCAAAGACGAACUGGAGGACAGCAUCAACUUGCCUCCACAACCCGUACCUAAGAUCCUCUUGAGGAGUGCCAAAAUGAAAGGGCUGCGAGGUAUCCUUACCUCAACGAGCAAACUGAACACUGCAGCCAUCCACCUUCAGCUGACUGCCCAGUCACAAGUGCAAGUUGGCAAGAGAAUUCGAUCCACCAAUGAUUAUGAAGACUAUGGCACCUUGAGACGUAGACCACGCAGGGAAUGAGAAAGGGAAUCCUACGAAGGAUUAUCGCCAGUAAUGUAGGAAAAUCCUUUACAUGGGAUUAUGGUAACUAAACUUGGUUGAAUGUAUUAUGUAAUGUCAACAAAAGAGAUUUGUUUAUUUUGAAAGAGGAAAAAACAGUGACGAGACAGUGCCAUGAAUAAAGAAAUAUUCCUGUAUAUUGUUGUUAAAGAAGGCAAGCAUUAAGUCUUUUGAAUGAAAUAUAAGCUUUAGAAUAUUUCCAAAUUAUUAGUGAAUCUGCUCACAUUGCAUUUCUCAAGCAGUAGACAUUUUGUCUAAUGCUAGAUUGUCUUGAAAUUAAUCCGAAAGGUCACAAUGUUCUUGUGAUUUGCUUUCAUGAGUUAUAGACAUAUUGAUCAAAUUCAAUAUAUUAUCUGUUCAUCUAAUGUUAUAUAAUGAAGAAGAUUUGUCUUGAUAGCCAGAGGGAGGGGUAAAAGUAAAUAUUUAUCUGUGUGCAUUGGGUGUACUUGACAUGUACAAUUACCAGUAGGCAAGCCAAAGUUAUCAUUUCCAUUUUAACAUUAUUAAAGGUAAAUUAUGCCCCCAUCGGCAGAGACAAUCCUCAAUUAGAUUAUUAUAGAAAUACAUCCAGUGAAAACAAGGAUUGUUCCUAGUGCAUCUUCUGUAUAAAAAGUGCACUUUUCUGAACUUCCAUGCUUACUCUGCAAUAUAUAUGUAUUUUAUGUGCAUUUAGUAGAAAUUUUCUUUUAUAUGUUAAGAAAAAAAGACUACACAGGUACGGAGUGCAAUCGUGCCCAUCUUUUUUAUGUUUCUUAAACAAGUCCUGUGUGGUCAGAUUUUUAUAUUUAUAUGGAAUGACUUAUUUAUGUCCUGUAAAGUUUAUUUCAAGUUGUUUGCUUAAAAGUAUGUACUUUUCCUUCUUACGAGGUCAUAAUUGAUAUUGAUCCAGUUGUACAUAUAUAUACGUGUAGCCGAAUGUAUUGCUGAUGAAAACGCUUCGUCAGUGUAAAUAUGAGAUUUGAAAUUUGAGAUUAUUCUGUGAUUUCAAAAACAUAGGACAUAUUUCCAUCUCUUUGGAAGUUAAGAGGUAUAAGUAUGUUAAACAUAAUUCCAUAGUCAUUAACUGUAUGUCUGAGAACAGCAUUCUCCUUUGUAUCUCUCUACUUGACCAAAUUGAAAACUAUACGCAUGCUGUGGAUGAUUUCUUCACUUAUUACCAUUUUAUAUUUUAUUUAUUUAUUCAUUAUUAGUGUUUUUUGUUAUCUUUUAUAUUACUUCUUGUCCAUUCUUGGAUGACGUAUCAAUAAAAAAAAAACAGCGGCAGUUUUUAUUCAAAUUGUUACCAAAGAUUUAUCACAACAUUCUUCAUGUUGUUGCUAAUGUAUUAUGCACUUGCCAAAUGUUUGGAGAUUAUUUGGUCCUCUUUAACAUAUUGAUGUAUAAAUUAAUGUACAGCGUAAUUGAAUUGAUAUCUGUAUAUAAUACAAUGUCUGUAGAUUCAGUGAGCAUAUGCUCCGUCAUUUUAUUGUUUGAUGCUUGUAUAGUUAAUUAUGUCUUUCUUGUCGGAAGAAAAGCUCAAUGUAAAUUACGAGAAAAAGGCCAUGGUGAAAGUUAUUACUGAACAAAAUGUUUUCAA